UCUUUGCCUGAUAAAUGCUGAAAAAUACCAACUGACUUUGAAAAAAAAAAAGAAGAAAGAAAUCAUUAAAUGUCAGUUUAUUUUUUAACCUGUGCACUGAAUUUUAUAUACUUUUCCAGUCGCCUUUUUACACUAGGCACCAUUUCAUUCAACAGGAUUUUAUAUUUUUUUUUUAGGUAUAUUUCAGAUAUGAACAUUGUUGCCAGUGUGCAGGCAGCCAGGCAGCAUUUUGAUCUUUAAAUAGAUUUGCUAUUUUGAUUCAAAAGCAUAACACAUGCCCCCGAAGGCUCGAGGCUCACACAGGCUGGAUUUAAUUCAUGGGUCGAAUGUCCUGACAACACUCAGGACACCCUGCGGCGAGUGAAUCUGGGGCCACGUUCACCUGUCUGCACUCUUCCUGUUGCUGCAGAGUUUCCGCUUGGCUUCGUUUUUCUUACAGCAAAAAAUCCGGGAUUACAAACUAAAGCAACGUUUUUAACUGGAAAGCUUUGUGUAUAAUUUAACUGCUAAAAAAAAAAAAAAAAAAAAAAAAAGAUUGAGAAGUCAAAGUGCAGUAACUCACUGGACGUCCACCUGAACAGAAAAGGCAAUGUCGUAUCGAUCGAAACUCCCGGCAUCCUGGAAAGAUGAUCCCCUGCCUCGGAAAGUGGAAAUUGACCUCAGUUCGCCUGGAUUAGCAGUAUUUGAGUUGGAAAGGCUUUUGUUCACUGGCAAAGCCAUCAUUAGUCAUGCAGAUGAAGUGUGGCCAAGGCUUUACAUCGGUGACCAACACAGUGCAGAGAACCAGGCAGAUCUGUCUGUUCAUCAAAUCACUCACAUCCUGAAUGCAGCUCACAGUGAACGCAGAGGACGGCCAGACAUGUACGAGAGGAUGAACAUCACCUACAUGGGCAUCGAGGCUCAUGACUCAUGCAAUUUUGACAUGAGCAUCAACUUCCAGGCAGCAGCAGACUUCAUCAGCAGCGCUCUGAGCAGAGGAGGAAAGGUGCUGGUCCACUGUCACGUGGGAGUGAGUCGCUCUGCCACCCUGGUCCUGGCUUACCUGAUGCUGAAGCAACACCUGACGCUCGUGGAGGCUAUUUGCGCUGUGAAAACCCACAGGGGCGUGAUCCCGAACCGAGGUUUCCUCCGACAGCUUAUCACGCUGGAUGGGAAGCUCUUCGGCAGACACGACUGAGCCCUGUCUCUUUUUGGAGCCAUAAUAUGAAGGAGAAAUUACGGAUUCAGUUCAUGUGAAGUCAAAAAGACACAAUGCACCGAUAUUUAAAUGUGACAGCAGGGAUGUUUUUAUACUUGUCUGGCGUCUGGAAUGUGUUAUCACAUUUGUUUACGUGUUUACAAUAAAGAAACA